AUGAACUCACGACCCGACAUAAUGACGGAAUUUAAUCCGACGCAGCACGCGCGAAAUCGCAACAUGAUACAGAUUCUAAUUUUCGAUGCUACACUCGAAGAUCUUUUCGCCAUGGGUGUGAAUCUUGAGAGAAGCUUAGACGCACUCGGAUUCCGCUCGACUAUCUCGGAAUUGCCCGUUCCUCCUGCUAUUACAGACAACAGCCCUCUAUCGUCGCAUGAUUCUUUCGAUCUGAAAGUCUCCAAAAAAACCUUGGUUCAAAUUAAACCAACAUUCGCUCAGAUGUGUAAUGGAUAUGCGGUCCUCCCAGAAACGACUCAUCAACAGGAUACUCUUCUCCAGGAGCAGUUCAUUGAGGAAAGAGACGAAAAUGAUCAACUUAGCGUUUCCAAAACAAGCUUUUUGAGAGAACAGAAAGUGUGCAAUAACAAAGUGCUAUGCGCAAUACUUACGAGGCUGAUGGUCCCUACCUUAGUUGAUGGUCAUUACCUGCAAGAUGAAUGCUUUCGAAUUUAUCUCGACACGUUGAUGUCGAAUUCUGAUGCCUUGUGA